CUCCAGGUCGAGCGGGAAAUAGCGAUUCUCAAACUCAUAGAACAUCCUCACGUUUUAAAACUGCACGACGUCUACGAAAACAAGAAAUACCUGUAUCUGGUGCUGGAACACGUGUCCGGGGGGGAACUCUUCGACUACCUGGUGAAGAAGGGUCGGUUAACGCCCAAAGAGGCCAGAAAGUUCUUCAGACAGAUCAUCUCGGCCCUGGACUUCUGCCACAGUCACUCCAUAUGCCACAGAGAUUUGAAGCCGGAGAACUUGUUGUUAGACGAGAAGAACAACAUCAGGAUAGCGGACUUCGGCAUGGCGUCUCUGCAGGUCGGGGACAGUCUGCUGGAGACCAGCUGUGGAUCUCCACACUACGCCUGCCCAGAGGUGAUCAGGGGGGAGAAGUACGACGGGAGGAAAGCAGACGCCUGGAGCUGCGGAGUCAUCCUGUUCGCACUGUUAGUGGGCGCUCUCCCGUUUGAUGACGACAACCUGAGGAAUCUUUUGGAGAAGGUGAAGCUGGGAGUUUUCCACAUGCCUCACUUCAUCCCUCCAGACUGUCAGAACCUCCUGCGCGGCAUGAUUGAAGUGGACGCUGGGAAGAGGCUCACGUUAGAGCAGAUCCAGAAGCACACUUGGUACCUAGCUGGAAAGAACGAGCCCGAGCCGGAGCAGCCGGUCCCCAGGAAGGUGGCCAUCAGGACGCUGGCUGCAGCCGAGGAGAUCGACCCUGACGUCCUGGAGAGCAUGCACUCGCUGGGCUGCUUCAGAGACAAGGACAAACUGGCCAAAGACCUGCUGUCUGAGGAUGACAACCAGGAAAAGAUGAUCUACUUCCUCCUCCUGGACCGUAAGGAGAGAUAUCCCAGCCAGGAGGACCAGAACCUGCCUCCGAUGAGCGAGAUCGCUGACCCACCCAGGAAGCGCGUGGACUCGCCGAUGCUGAGCCGUCACGGCAAACGGAGACCGGAGAGGAAGUCCAUGGAGGUGCUGAGCGUCACGGAGGGGGGGUCUCCUGUACCGGUACGACGAGCCCUCGACAUGGCAACGCACGGACAGAGCAAAUCUGUUUUCAGUAAAAGCUUGGAUAUCACAAACGCUAACUGCAGCAAGGAGGAAAG